AAUUUCCGGGGGCGUUUAUUUUGAUAACAAAUACCAGAAGUGAAAGGCAAUGAAUCUUUCAAGUGAGCUCCGUCUUUUUCAAUUGUGAUUUCUCCACUUACAAGAGGGCUGUAUAUUGAGAGCACUCAGCAGUUGUGAUAGAAAACCCAGAGAUAAAAGUCGCCUUGAAAUUUUAGUGAAUCAACUGCUGCUAGUCCUGCUGGCUCUUUGCCCGUCUUUGUCUUAAGUUAUGCAACAACAUCGAUGAAGAAAACACCCAUUUUUCAGGGACACACUUGAUUUCCGCUUUCUUCUUUUUAGUUGAGUCUGCGUGCGCUGCAAGUAAGGACAAACACUUGCUGCUGAAAGAACAUGUUGGUGCCGUUCUGUACAUAGUAGCAACAACACAAGAUUUAUUGAGCUGUACAUUUUACAUGUGUCAGAUUAUACUCAAUCUACUAAAAGAAUGAGUCUCACAACACAAAUAUCUUCUGGAGAAGGAAGUAUUCAGAAUGAUUUGUCAGCACAAAUGUGUAAGCCUGAUGACGAUUCCAGGUUUAAACUUUCAUGGAAAACUCGGAUUUCUUUCAGUGUUGGCCAUGUGUUAAACGAUCUAACUGCCUCCAUGUGGUUCACAUAUCUUCUUGUGUAUUUCCAUUUGGUUCUGCAGUUUGAUAAUUCCCUUUCAGGAAUUGUUUUAUUAAUUGGCCAAAUUGCUGAUGGAAUUGCUACCCCGUUUGUUGGACUUCAGGUUGGAGAAGCCUAUUCAAAUCCAGGUCAAAAACGAGAUCAAUCAACCUCAAGAUGCUACAGCGGUCUUCUCGGCAAAUUUGGGCCCAGGAAAACAUGGCAUUUCUUUGGUACAAUGUGCAUUUUGGCAAGCUUCCCGUUCAUCUUCAUGCCCUGUGUUGGCUGUUCAAGUUCAUCACAAUGGGCUCAAGUCAUUUAUUUCUCCGGUUUCAUCGUCAUCUUCCAGUUUGGUUGGGCUGCCGUCCAAGUUUCUCACCUGUCGCUUAUCCCAGUGCUAGCUCAUAAUGAGAGUACACGUACGGAACUUACUGCAUUGAGAUACGCCUUCACCGUUGCUUCUAAUAUUACCAUCUACGCCAUGACAUGGGUCACAUUAGGUGUCACCGGAGCCUCGCAACAAGUCGUUGGGCCGGAAGAUGCCUCGGAUUUUCGUGAUGUCGUGCUGAUUGCCAUCGGAAUUGGGGCUCUUUUCUCACUAUUUUUCCACUGCGGAGUAGAUGAAGUGAAACACAAUCAAGUCUAUCAUUCGAACAAGAACGAAUCCAACAGUCCUGCUGCCAUGAAAGCGUUUGAUUGGCUGAAAGAAAAACAAUUUUAUCAGGUCGCCGUUCUGUACAUGGCAACACGUCUGUUUGUCAACCUGUCGCAGGUUUAUUUGCCGCUUUGGCUACAGGAUAAUUUAAAACUGGGCGCAACUUCAGUCGCAACCACUCCUCUGGCUCUUUUCGUCUCUGGAUUCCUUACCUCACUAGCAAUCGGACCUUUGACGCAAGUCGUUGGAAGAAAGGUGGUGUACCUAAUUGGUGCUUUGAUUGGAAUGGGAGCCUGCCUCUAUGUUUGGUUUGGCCAUGGGGAAUUUUUCCAAUCGUACGGCAUUUAUGGCGUUGCUGCGCUGUACGGUGCUGGUGGCUCCACUAUGCUAAUCACUUCAUUAGCCGUAACAGCAGACCUGAUCGGACCCCACGUAGAAUCCGGGGCUUUUGUUUACGGCGCCAUGAGCUUCACCGAUAAACUCUCGAAUGGCCUCACCGUCUUCCUCAUCCAAUACCUGCACCCUUGCGCAUCCUGCUGCCUCGAGUGCAAGCCGUACUACGUCAUGAUUUUAGCCUUGGUCUGCGGCUCUGCCGCUCUGUUAGCGCUAAUGAGCUUGGCCACGAUGAUCCCACUCGACAUCGGUGUCCUACCGAAAGGCUACCAGCGGAUUUCCAGUGACACGGAAGACGACGUCACUCCUGAAUCGCAUCAAAGUAUUUCUGUCAUGGCUUGACGAGAGAAAUAAGCUCUUCAUGGCCUGCAGCGUGCUCUCUGUUAUGUGCCUGCCGUGAAUUGGUAACCAAUCGGUCUGGUAAACCUGUUUUUUUAUUUCUUCGCUGCAAAGAAAAACACCGGUCCUUUGAAAAUUUAAUUUGCGCAUGAACGACAAAUGUCUAUUUUUCUAUGAAAAUGAAUGCAAAUUUCUUUUGGUCUCUUU